UACACGUCUGAUUUAAAGUCAAGUUUUGAAAAGUUAACCAUGAAUCCAAAGUAACAAUAAAAAUAGAUGGGAGGCAGAAAAGAAAUUUAUCAGAACAAUAUUAAAGUGCAGUGGGUGUGUUCAUACGUAAUAAAAAAAACCGAACCGCGCAUGCGUUCUACUGUUUGUUUUGGCGCGUGGAUUCAAUUUUGACGUUGUCCGGGAAACAUGGAUCUGCUGGACUCUUUGCAAUUACUGAGAAUUAAAGAAAUUGCCAGUGAAUGGGUCGAUACUGUGUGGGAAUCGGAUUUCACUGAAACAGAUCCGUUGGAUGCUCGCAUUGAGGGAGAAGUAGCUGAAUAUGGACCGGACGCAUUCCGAAAUGUUUAUAAGUGCCUGCUGCCCUUUGCUACAGAACACAAAGAAGUUACGGAAAGUGUUUGGACUCUUUUUGCUGAAAAUGGGGUCCCUGCCAAUGCGCUGGUGGCACUGCUGUCCCACUUCGUCCAGGUGGCUCAGGGUCGGAGUGCCAGCGUCCCCCAGAGGGAAUGUGCCCUGCAGGCAGCUGCCCUCUACUUCCUCCUCUUGGAAAUCCCAGGUAGUGUAGCCAACAAGCUUUUCCACGCCGUGCUGUUUGACAAGUGUCUGGACACUGUAAAGAAGAGCUGGCCUCAAGCCUUGGAUUCAGGGAGGAAACGCAAGAAGGAUACUGCCAAGGGCUCCCAGGGGGAUCUCAAGGGCAGGAAAAGGCCCAAACCCCCAAGGAGUGAAGAAGCAGAGAUGGAGGAUGAGCUUGAAGAGGAAGAGGAAGAGGAAGAGGAGGUCUACAUGUCUGGAAAUGACCUCUUGCGAAUUCGAGAGAGUGUCUUCUGCCUAGUGAAAAACUUCUUCAGGCUGCUGGAAAAAUUCCCUCUGAAAGAUAAGCCGCAGAGUGUUCAGCACUGCAUGCAGAUUUUUGUCGAUCUGACCGGUUUUGAACCAGUGAUUGGAGAGGUGAUGUUUUCAGAAACACCGGAUGUUCACAAGAUGAAAACCCUCCCUGAACUGGCCUAUCAUGGACUGAGGCUGCUCUAUUCUCCAUCACAUGGGGACCGAAUCCAGACAGUGCGGAGAAUCUUCCACAAGCUCCUGUACGUCAUUUUAAUGAUGAGCGUGAGGGAAGGGUCCCGCCCUUCUCUUUUGACUCCGACACAGCAUGUAGUUGGAGCGAGGGAUUUGGCCAUUAGAUUUGUGAGUCACAUUGCCGAUGAGCUGAAGGACGCCGUGCUUCCAGUUUUUCGGAUCCUUCUCCAGCACAUCUGCGCUAAGGUGGCCGAUAAGACAGACUAUCGCACACACGGAGCUCAGGCUCUGGUAAAACUGCUGGAUAAAAUGCCUUGUGCAGAAUAUGCUUCCUUCAUCGAGUGGCUGUACAAAUACUCCUGCAACAAAAAGACCCAGUACCGGGUGUUUGCCCUGGACGUGGCGAUGGCUCUGAUGGAGCGGCCGGAGCGGGCUCCCUUGAGUUCGCUGCCCCCGGAGCAGGCCGCGUUCCUGCAGCACAAGUUCCUGGUGCAGGUGAUGGUCUUCGGCCGCUGCUCGGACAAGGCCCCCACGGUGCGCAGCCGCGCGCUCUCCGGCCUGGCGCAGUGCCUGCAGCUGCAGGUGCCCAGCGCCCUGGAGGGCAUCCAGGAGCUGCUCCUGAGCAGUGCUACACGAACAGUCCUUGAUGUGAAUCAGACAAACAAAGUGGACAGUUCUGAAGGUACCCGUAAUAUCUCUGAAACAAACACUCAUAGGACUGCAGGAAUAUUCAAGACCAUUGAAAUCACAAAUGAGGAGGACAGAACAAUUUUUCAUUCGAAUGAAACUAUUGCCAUGCUCAGACAGCGGGCAAGUGAUGAAAAUACCACUGUGAGAAAAUCGUCUCUGCAGGUUUUGAUGAAUCUUCUAAAAUACAAAGUGGUCCCCUGCUCCCCAGAAGAUCUAUCGAUUCUCCAGGAUCACUGCCGAGACCCUGCGGUCUCUGUCCGGAAGCAGGCUUUGCAGUGCCUCACCGACCUGCUUACUGCUCAGCCAGAAAACAAUUUAGUGCAGAAGGCCUGGCUGACAGGGGUGGUACCUGUUGUUUUGGACACCGAAAGCUCCAUUCAGGAGAAAGCCCUGGACUGCCUAGAGCAAACAAUCUUUCGCCACAUCAAGAACUACAGCUGCUUCAGUGAUGCUGACUGUGGACAAAGACUGGCCUGGGAUCUCCUGACACACCUGUGUGGGGAGAGUGAGGAUCUUUGUCGUUACAUAAACAAAGCCUUCAGUGCCUGGGCCAAGCAAGAUAAAUUCUCCUCUGCUUUCAUUAACAACCUGAUCUCUCACACCAACACUGAGCACUCCACCGCAGCCUGGCUGCUGCUCUCCAAGGUGGCUGGAUCUGCCACCAAGCUCAACUGUGGCAAGAUUUUGGACGCAUGGGACAACAUUGUAAGUAAUCAAGCUAUGGCCAAUUCAACAACUUGCCACGUACUGCGUGUAAUCGGACACAUUGCUAAACAUCUUAAUGAGGAUACUAAGGAGAGACUAAUUGAUGACAUUAUGAAAUGGCUGAAGAGCUUCCUGGCCCCCUUGAUGGUGAUCAGCGCCUGUGUCAACACUCUGAACAGCCUGGCACAGCGGGAGUCUGUGGUCGACACGCAGAGAGUUUUGAAUCAGUACUGUGGAGAGGUGGUCUCCCUCUGUGAUGCCUAUCUAUCAAAAAUUAUCCUGAGUGAAAGAGAUCAAGAUAUGGAUGAAGACCGGAUGGUGAAGUAUGUCUUCACUCUUGGGGAAGCUGCUCUGCGGUGUCCUGCCAAAAUAGAGAAGAGAAUCUUUCUCCUUGUUCAGUCCAUUCUGGCGACUAAUGUUAGUCUUGAUACAGCAGAGGGGAGUGGGGAGCUACCUGCAUCACAGCCACUGUCCCAGUUCAAGGCCUCUGCCAUGCCUACCGCAGUCCGCGCUCAUGCCUUCAUCACUCUGGGGAAAUUGUGUCUGCAGCACGAGGACCUGGCAAAGAAGUGUGUCCCGGCUCUGGCUCGUGAGCUGGAGGUCAGCAAGGAGGUCCCCAUUCGCAACAAUGUGAUCAUGGUGAUGUGCGACCUCUGUGUGAGGUACACCACCAUGGUGGACCGCUACAUCCCCAAAAUUGCCGCCUGCCUGAAAGACAGGGAGCCCCUCAUCCGGAAGCAAACCCUGAUCAUGUUGACACACCUGCUUCAGGAGGACUUUGUAAAGUGGAAAGAGUCUCUGUUUUUCCGGUUUGUAGUCGUAUAUGUCGACCCUGAUCCCAGCAUUGCCAGCCUUUGCGAAUUCUGUUUAGUUCACCUGCUGCUUAAGAGAAACCCUACAAUCUUCUCCCAGAAUUUUAUAGAGUGUAUAUUCCAUUUCGUUGGCUAUGAGAAGCAUGACAAGUACAACAAGUUCCCGCAAACAGCACGUGAGAAAGAAGUGUUUUCUUUGAAAGGAGCUCAGAAUAAACAGAAGAGGUUGAAGAUUUAUAAGUUCCUGUUAGACCAUUUCACUGAUGAGCAGAGGUUCAGCAUCACCACCAAAAUCAGCCAGAAUGUUUUGGCCGGUUUUGUGGACGGCUUGGUGCCCCUGGACUCCGACGCCUGCGAGCUGCUGUCAGACACCUUUGCUGUGCUCAGCCUGAAGGAGAUGAAGCUUUCGGCGCUGAGGAGCCAGCCGGAGGAAGAGGUUCCGGCAGACGAUGAGAUGGCCAUGGCCCACGCUGUAAUGCAGGUGGCGCAGAAGAAGCUCAUUUCACAUGUCCAAAAGAAGAAUUUUAUCGAGAAUGUUAUCCCUAUCAUCACAUCUUUGAAAAAUCUGCUAGAGGAAAUGCGCAUCCCGGUACUGAAAGACCUGAUGGCUUACCUGCGAGAAAUGAUGCAGGACUACCGCAGCGAGGUCAAGGAGCUGUUUGCGAUGGACAAGCAGCUGGCAGCAGAGCUGGAGUACGACAUGAAGAAAUACGAGGAGCAGAUGGAAAGAGAAGGAGAGCUGGAGGAAGCCAGCGAUGCUCAGGAAGACCUCAGGCCUUCGCCUCAUUUGUCUCCAGCUCCAACAGCUGCCACUGGUGCUCAGCCUGUCCAAGCCCGGGUCUUGCCUCACAAUACUGCCGCUGUCACUGCCAGCCCUCAAGCCACCUGUCCUGCAACGCCAGUCUUCAUGUCACCCAGGGCUCUGGGAGCAAUUACAGGCAGGCCUCGGGCGAUGUCUCUCAGUACUGCUGCAGUCCUCAACUCUGCCAGGAAAGCUGCCGAAAGUAUGAGGGACCAGCGCAGGAAAACCGCGAGCUCGUUGUCCUCUGCCUCUGACGGAGUGAGCACACCCCGUGGCAGGACAGCUUCCUUUGAAAACUGUGACCAGCCUCCUGGCAGCAGCAGUUCCGCCUUUGUCAACAGGGCCAUCAGUACUCCAGAACAGACCAUUCAUAAUGUGACAUUUGGGGCAGGAGUCAGUUACAUCUCCAGAUCCCUCAAGUCCUCUGAAAGUGAGCUGAGCUACUCUCUGGAAAAAGAAAAAGAUGUCCUUUGCUUAAUGUCUCCAGAUAAACAAGCUCCUCCACCCAGACAGUGGAAAGUAGAUUCUCCUGUUAAUCGGAGGAGCAUUAGAAUCUUGGAGAAGAAAACUCCCUUAAAACCUAAAAAUUAGGACUCAUUGGGGCUCCACACUCUCUCUGUAGCCCCAGUUUAACGAUCCUAUUCCGUAUUUUCUGUACCGGUUUGUUCUUGUUGAAAAAACCCAACAUUUGCAGUUCUUGUUUAUAUGCAUUUAAAUUGUUUUAGCAUUAUAGCCCCUGCAGCAUAAGGCUUGCUUUUGAUUUUUGAAAGGGGCUGCUAAUUACUGUUUUAAAAUACUGUGGUUAAUGACAUCGCCACUACAAUAUUGGUGGGAAUAGGUACAACAAAGACAAUGGGAUUCAGAACUUCACAAGCAUGUGCGGUCAAGUCUAGUUUCUUAAAGCCCUGUUCAUCUCUUGAUUAUGUUGUUAUUUAUGCAUGCUUUUUGGAUAAUGACGUUUUAAAUUUGCUUAUAAGCUGUACAAGAAUCAAACCUUGUAUCUGUAUCAUAGCUUUAUCUGUAUGGAUGUCUGCGCCGGGAAAUAUCGCAGUUGUCUUCAAUGUAUUGCUCUAGCACCAGUUGUACUGUAUGAAUAAACACUUAAUAAAUCA